AAAUAGAGUGCGCAGAGUGGCAGUGGGAGCGACAACACAGGCGGCACAGGCGGCACAGGCAGCCCGGGCGGCCGGAAGAGCCUCAGAAACAACCUCCAAGACUACAGCUGCUCCGCGGACUGCGAGCUGUGGCGGUAGAGCCCGCUACAGCAAUCGCAGUCUCCGUGGAGCGGGCAGAAGCCUUUUCUCCUUUUCGUUUACCUCUUCAUUCUACUCUAGUGGCUUCAAUCACGAGUAUUCUGUGGGUUGAUACAGAGAACUGUGACCAUUGUGCCUGGUAUGGACUUGUUGUCCGGGACGUAUAUAUUUGCGGUCCUGUUAGCAUGCGUCGUGUUUCAGUCUGGCGCCCAGGAGAAGAACUACACGGUCCGAGAAGAAAUGCCAGAAAACGUCCUGAUAGGCGACUUGUUGAAAGACCUCAACUUGUCGCUAAUUCCAGACAAGUCCUUGACAUCUCCCAUGCAGUUCAAGUUAGUAUACAAGACUGGGGAUGUGCCACUGAUUCGGAUUGAAGAGGGUACUGGUGAGAUCUUCACUACUGGGGCUCGCAUCGAUCGUGAGAAAUUAUGUGCCGGUAUUUUGAUGGAUAACCGUUGCUUUUAUGAAGUGGAGGUUGCCGUUUUACCGGAUGAAAUAUUUAGACUGGUUAAGAUACGUUUUCUGAUAGAAGAUAUAAAUGAUAAUGCACCAUUAUUCCCGGCAACAGUUAUCAAUAUAUCAAUUCCAGAGAACUCGGCUAUAAACUCUCGAUAUGCUCUCCCAGCGGCCAUUGAUCCUGACAUAGGAAUAAACGGAGUUCAAAACUACCAACUAAUUAAGGGUCAAAACAUUUUUGGGCUCGAUGUCAUUGAAACACCAGAAGGAGAUAAGAUGCCACAACUGAUUGUUCAAAAGGAGCUAGAUAGGGAAGAGAAGGAUACCUAUGUGAUGAAAGUAAAGGUUGAAGAUGGUGGCUUUCCUCAAAGAUCCAGUACUGCUAUUUUGCAAGUAAGUGUUGCUGAUACAAAUGACAACCACCCAGUCUUCAAGGAGAAAGAGAUUGAAGUCAGCAUACCAGAAAAUGCUCCUGUAGGUACUUCAGUGACACAGCUCCAUGCCACAGAUGCAGACAUAGGUGAAAAUGCCAAGAUUCAUUUCUAUUUCAGCAAUCUAGUCUCCAACAUUGCCAAGAGACUAUUUCACCUCAACACUACCACUGGACUUAUCACAAUCAAAGAACCACUGGAUAGGGAAGAAUCACCAAACCACAAAUUACUGGUUUUGGCAAGUGAUGGUGGAUUGAUGCCAGCAAGAGCAAUGGUGCUGGUAAAUGUUACAGAUAUCAAUGAUAAUGUCCCAUCAAUUGACAUAAGAUACAUCAUCAAUCCAAUCAAUGGCACUGUGGUUCUUUCAGAAAAUGCUCCACUCAACACCAAAAUUGCUCUCAUAACUGUGACAGAUAAGGAUGCUGACCAUAAUGGCAGGGUGACGUGCUUCACAGAUCAUGAAGUCCCUUUUAGAUUAAGGCCAGUGUUCAGUAAUCAGUUCCUCCUAGAGACUGCUGCAUUUCUUGACUUUGAGUCUACAAGAGAAUAUGCCAUUAAAUUACUGGCCGCAGAUGCUGGGAAACCUCCUUUGAAUCAGUCAUCCAUGCUCCUUAUCAAAGUGAAAGAUGAAAAUGACAAUGCUCCAGUUUUCACCCAGCCUUUCAUAAGUCUUUCUGUUCCUGAGAAUAACUCUCCUGGAACCCAGUUGACGAAAAUAAGUGCAACGGAUGCAGACACUGGGCGUAAUGCUGAGAUCAGUUACCUUUUAGGUGCUGAUGCACCAUCUGAAUUCAACCUAGACCGUCGAACAGGGAUUCUGACUGCAGUGAAGAAGUUAGAUAGAGAAAAACAGGAAAAAUAUUACUUCACUGUUCUGGCAAAAGAUAAUGGGAUGCCACCCUUAGUGACCAAUGCCACAGUCUUUGUGACCGUUCUUGAUCAAAAUGACAACAGCCCAAUUUUCACUCACAAUGAGUACAAUUUCUAUGUUCCAGAAAACCUUCCAAGACAUGGGACAGUAGGACUAAUCACUGUAACUGAUCCUGAUUAUGGAGAGAAUUCUGCAGUCACUCUCUCCAUUUUAGAUGUGAAUGAUGACUUCACCAUUGAUCCACAGACAGGUGUCAUACGACCAAAUAUUUCAUUUGAUAGAGAAAAACAAGAAUCUUACACUUUCUAUGUAAAGGCUGAGGAUGGUGGUAGGGUCUCACGUUCUUCAACUGCCAAAGUAACCAUAAAUGUGGUUGAUGUGAAUGACAACAAGCCAAUUUUUGUUGUCCCUCCUUCCAAUUACUCCUAUGAAUUGGUUCUACCGUCCACUAAUCCAGGCACAGUGGUCUUCAAGGUAGUUGCUGUUGACAAUGACACUGGCAUGAAUGCAGAGCUUCGCUAUAGCAUUGUAGGAGGAAACACAAAAGGUCUGUUUAUAAUUGAUCAAACAACAGGCAACAUCACACUGAAGGAGAAAUGCGUUGUUGCAGACCUUGGUUUACACAGACUGGUAGUCAAAGCUAAGGACUUAGGACAACCCGAUUCUCUUUUCAAUGCUGUAAUUGUUAAUCUGUUCGUGAAUGAGUCAGUGACCAAUGCUACACUGAUUCAUGAACUGGUGCACAAAAACAUAGAAGCACCAGUGACCCAAAAUAUUGAGACAGCUGAUGCAUCUUCGCCAACCAGUGACUAUGUCAAGAUUAUGGUUGCCAUUGUUGCUGGCACCAUAACAGUCAUCCUAGUUAUUUUCAUCACUGCUGUAGUAAGAUGUCGCCAAUCGCCACACCUUAAGGCUGCUCAAAAGAACAAGCAGAAUUCUGAAUGGGUUACUCCAAACCCAGAAAACAGGCAGAUGAUAAUGAUGAAGAAAAAGAAGAAGAAGAAGAAGAAGCAUGCCCCUAAGAACCUGCUGCUUAACUUUGUCACUAUUGAAGAAACGAAGACAGAUGAUGCUGACAAUGAUGGAAACAGUGUCACACUAGACCUUCCCAUUGAGUUAGAAGAGCAAACCAUGGGCAAGUACAACUGGGGCACUACACCUACUACUUUCAAGCCCGACAGCCCUGAUUUGGCCCGGCACUACAAAUCUGCCUCUCCACAGCCUGCCUUCCAGAUCCAGCCUGAAACUCCCCUGAAUUCAAAGCACCACAUCAUCCAGGAACUGCCUCUCGAUAACACCUUCGUGGCCUGUGAUUCCAUCUCCAAGUGCUCCUCCAGCAGUUCUGAUCCCUACAGCGUUUCUGAGUGCAGCUAUCCAGUGACAACCUUCAAGACCCCUGUGUCUGUACACACCAGACCGACUGAUUCCAGGACAUCAACUAUUGAAAUCUGCAGUGAGAUAUAACUUUCUAGGAACAACAUAAUUGCAUUUCCCUUCCAAAAAAAUGUCAAUGAUUUGUGAUUUAAAAUUUGGCUAAGAUCAUUAAUUUUGUAAUCUGGGUUCCCCAUUUAAAAAGCAAGCAAAAAUAUACCACAUUAAAAAUGUUGUCCCAGUGAACCUUCCCUUGUGCUUUCUUUAUUUGUAAUCUGGCAAUUGAAAUUUAAAAUUUAUGGAAGAAACAGUGCAGUGGAAUAACAGAGUUCUAUCAUGCUGUUUCUCUGUUUGCUUGCUCUGAAUGUCAGCAACUGUGAUGUAACAUAAUGCUGUCUUGGUGUACACACUGAUGGUUAAUAUAUCUAUAAUGAAACAUGGAAUUACUUGCCAUGUCUGAUUGCUGAAGAAUUUAAACAUCAUCUCCGGGAGUUUGGAAGUGAAGCUGAACUAUCCAAGCUACCCUCUGAAACGUAUCCAGGGCAAGAUUUA